UUGACAAACUUUGGGUCCAUCGACGAUAAAGUUGUAAAAUCCGAAGAUGCAACAAUCAAAGCCCAUCUCCUUACAAAUCCUGACCAAAAAGUUCAGAUGACAUUGGUGGAAUCAGCCAAAAAAAAUGCGACCGAUCAAAUUUCAGAAUUUCUAUAUUUCAAUGGAGGUUCUGGAGUUCAACACAUCGCCUUGUUAGUUGAUGAUAUUAUAGAAACAAUUGAAAUAAUGAGAGAGAGAUCUGUCGAGUUCUUAUCUGUUCCAGCAGUUUAUUAUGAAAUGUUAGGAGAUCGUUUGAAGCUUUCGAAAGUUAACGUUCAGGAAAGUUUAGAAAAAAUUAAAGAGCUCAGUAUUCUCGUUGAUUUUGAUGAUAAUGGUUAUCUACUUCAAAUUUUUACCAAGCCGUGUCAAGAUCGUCCCACUCUGUUCAUAGAGCUGAUUCAGAGACACAACUUCAAUGGAUUUGGAGCAGGAAAUGUUAAAGCUUUGUUUGACGCUGUUGAGAGAGAACAAGAAAUUAAUCGUGAGAAACAAUCCAAUGUUGAUGAUACUUGUCUUUGA